ACCGAUGUUGAGGAAACACAAGGAAAUAAUACACUAAUGAGUUUGCCUUUUGCAAAGAAGUCACCGUUUUGGAAGGCGUAUGAAACAGUACCACAGAACACAGAUUCCACAUUUUGGCCCAUUGUUUGAGGCUAAAGAAGAUCCCCCAGCGUGCUGCACCGGCGUUAGAAACCUUAACAGCAUGGCCCGUACGACCCCAGACCGUCAGCAAGCUUGUAACUGCAUUCAAACCGUCGCUAGAGGCCUAGGCUCUGGUCUCAACGCUGGCCGUGUAGCUGGAAUCCCCAAGGCAUGUGGAGUCAACAUUCCUUACAAGAUCAGCACCAGCACCAACUGCAAGACCGUAAGGUGAUGGACUGAUGGGCGACGGGUCACAGAUGAAGCUAUACUAGCGCGACGUUUCGAAUAUUAUAUAAAAAGGAUGAGAUAUCAUAUUAAAAUAAGAUGUUCGAAUGGCUGUUUUUAGAGUUUUUAAUUUCCCCUGUCCUUUUCUAUCGGCGGCGUUCACAUAAUGUGAUCGUCUGUACUAUGUUCGCAAACAACGUUAUAUGAUAUU